AUGCCUCCGAAGCGCGCGAAACCGACGACGGACGCCCCCCCCGCGGAGACGGACGCGGAGGCGGACGUCCAAGUCCACGGCGAGGGCGCGGGCGCGCACGACGCGACGAACGACGCGGAGCCGCGGACGGAGGACGCCGCGACGACGGACGAAAAGACGACGACGACGAAGGAUGCGGGCGGGGAGAGAUCGCCGCGCGGGCACGUCGGGCAGACGCCGAAAGGUACCUCCUCCGCGCCCUCCGCGGCGAUGGACCCGAUGAACUACCUUCUCCCCGAGGAGCAGUACGCGAACGUCCGCGCGAUGCUCGCGGCGGCGGUGAACGACGUCUCGACCAAGCUGCAGAACAGGACGCCGUCGAUGAUGUUGUACGAGCACUGCCAGCGAAGCGCCAAGCACGGCGCGCGCGAGCGGCCGCACGUCCUGCGAUGGACGGAGACGAUCGACCCCACCGCGGAGGAAGACGACGACGACGCGAAGACGAAGAAGAAGAAGAAACCCUCGACGAAAGCGACGACGAAGGCGAAGUCGGAGGACGUCGACGCGGGCGAAGGCGCGAAGACGGAGGAGGAAGACGUCGCCGAGGACGCGGCGGCGGCGGCGGCGGCGGCGCGCGCGUUUCGCUGCGCCGUCGACGUGCUCGACGGCGAGGGCGACGACGCGCCUCUGGUCGCGUCCGCGUCCGCGAGCGCGAGCAACAAGAAGGAGGCGAAGCAGAAGGCUGCCGCGGGCGCGAUCGAGGCGCUGAUGAAGCUCGGCGUGCAGGCGCACGAGUUCACGCGGCUGCCGAAAAGAAGCGCGGCGGGGAAGCGGAAGGCGCCGCCGGAGCACGCGAGGACGGGGGCGACGGGGGGGAACGGAGACGGCGGCGGCGGCGGCGUUUCCAACCGCGAGGCGAAGCGACAGAACGGCGGCGGGCGCGGGCGAGGAGAUUCGUGGAACGGCGGGCGCGGCGGCGGGCGCGGCGGGCGGGCGUACGGACACGGGCGGGCGCAGCAGCAGCAGCCGAACUACGCGCUUCAGCGAGCGAUCUACACUGCUGCUGGCGUUCCGCGCGGCACGAUGUACGCGUUGCAUCAGCAUCAGCAUCAGCAUCAGCAGCAGCAGCAGCAGCAGCAGCAGUACCACCACCAACAACAUCACAAUCAACAUCAACCCACGAUGAUGAUGCAGCCGAUGUUCGUCCCGUAUCAGCAGCACCCGGGGGUUCCGCGGUUGCCGGAUCUCUCCGGGCUCAUACACGAUAUGCAGCGGGGACGGGGAGGGCAGCACUGGCAUCAGGGAGGGCAGCGAGGGCGAGGCGGCGGGGGGUGGUGA